GACCACCAGCAGACUCAGCACGCACCCAUGUACAAGGAACCUGUGUACCAGCAAUCUUUCCCCGUUGGCCACCACUUCCUACGCUCCAAGCGCGCAACAGAGCUCGGGUGGACCUUCUUCCUGUUCCACUUCUAUGAUUAUCCAGCGAUAUCUCUGACUGGCGGCUGGAAUCUAGACAUCCAUCACGGCAUGACCGCAAAGAAGUUCUACCGCUGGAUGGACAUCAUCAUCAUGGCCCGUGGCGAUGAGCACACCUUCGAGCUGCGGCCGAUCAAAGUCCAGCUAUUUGACAUCGCACGUUACGGCUACGACCACGCGGCAGGGGACCCCGUUCCACGCCACGCGGAUAUCGUCCUCCAAUCGGGUGUUUAUGGGCCAUUUUAUCCAUCCGAUGAGACAGAGUCCGACAAGCCCGAGCCAUACAAGGGAUUCGUUGGCACCGACUGUCCUCGACUGUUAUCUUAUACACAGCUUUUCAAGAAAAUGGACAGGCAUGUGAAUCCAGAGACAUGUGCGAGCAAGGAGAAUCAAACACUGAUGACUGAGCAUAUCAAGAACCACGUCAGGACCCGUGAUGGGGGCAGAUGCUUCUUCACUGGGAGAACUGAUCUACCAACAAAGCUGAUCUGGAUCAUCCCACCGCGCCUGGCAUUGUCCCUAUUUGAAGGCGAUAGACUGGAAGCAUAUGAGCAGAGCAACUAUGAGGUCGCAGAUAAUGUGAUCACGAUUGACGAGGCCCUUGUGGAGUCAUUCAAUCGCAAUGCAUUCAGUAUUGAUUUUCAGGACAACAACCACAUUACCAUCUUUGGUGACCUUCCAGAUGAUUUCCAUGCCAAGAUAUCGACCCUUAUGCUAGUGGCCAUCCCAGCAUACUCCGAGAAGUUUUGGCACGAGAAUUUUGAAUGGGCGUUGAAGGCAAAUUUCCUGGGGGGUGACAUUGGGUGGGAGCAUCCCAUCCCUGUCAGGAACAACCUCCGGGAGAGGCUCGUGCGGGAGAACGGGUUCAAGCUUCCAGAAUGGAAUAUCCAGGGCACACUGGAGCAUGAGGUUCUUGAAGUUUAUUAUCUCCACAAGAGCAUGUGGAAGAGCAAGGAGCCACCAAAUGAGGGAUAA